GGCCAUAGAGCAACACAGGCCACCGGCGGACCGGAGGGGAGUAGCCAUACACAGGCGUUCCCCUCUGUCAAAGUACAAGUCCAAAUGGUCCUAUGCGUACAAUAAAACUAGUUGCAACUAAACUAUUCGCUAGACUAAAUCUAGUUGCGUGAGUGAAUCGACGUCGUCGUAAAAAAUGCCGAAUUGUUCUGUUUUUUGCUGCAAAAAGAGAUCUGCCACGUCAAAUUUACAAAAAGAUGGCGUUACCUUUCAUAUGUUUCCUAAAGAUCCAAAUUUAAGAAAUAUAUGGAAGACAUUUUCUCAUAACAGACCAACCUGGAUUCCCACAAGAAAUAGUGUCAUUUGCUCAAAUCAUUUUAAGACCUCUGACUUUCAAGUGUUGGCGAACAAUAGGAGGAGAUUAGUCGAUGGCGCCAAACCAACCGCCAACUGUAUUUGUUCCAAUCAUCGACAAUCAUUAAAUAUACCAGAUGAGAGGUUAUCAUCUAAUGGGCCCAUUAAUGACACUCGGACUAUUCCUAAUUCAUUGACAUCACCGUGUAGAUCGUCAACUCCUCAAAAUACUCAGUCAAAGGAAACAUCUAAAAAUCUGCUUCAAUUCCCACUACUGCACUUACACCAAGAAAAAAAAAUGCAGCAACAAUUAGAUUGUCAGAAAAAAAAAUUAAAAGGCUACAAGCUAAAAAUCUUUUCUUAA